AUGUUGAACAAAGAUGGCCUCCCCCUACCCAUGUGGUUUGAAGCCUCGUCAGAGGUUUUGUUCCUCUUUUCUUGGUGGAACGCGCGGACGACUGCCCAGUACGUCGUCUGCUGUCUGUGUUGCAUUGUGUUUGGAUUUAUUUCAAUUGCACUCAAGGUGCUGCGCCGCGUGUCAGAAGUGCGUCUGAAGGUGGCCGAGAAGGAAGGCAAACCGACACUGAUGUUUGGCUCCUUUCCGGUGUACCACAAUGCCAUACGUGGAUCGGUCGCCUUCCUGAAUUACUCUUGGGAUUACAUGUUGAUGCUUGUGGCAAUGACUUUCAACGUAGGGAUAUUCCUCUCAAUGCUGGGAGGAAUGGCUUUGGGUUUUCUUACAAUUGGAGGCUACCUCGAUUUUUCCCUUCAACCCAAGAAAGUGAACAGUGGCUGCGAAUGCGGUGACGACUUCAGCUGUGGCUGCCAUAAGGGCCAGUCCUGCACUUGCUGCGUGGCUCCUCACCUCGACCCCUCCUGCAGCAGAGCAAAUAUAAGCAGCGAAGAGCCAGUCGUUCGUGGACACUCCGGCCUAGAACUCACUUCUUCAGGGAGGGGUGGGGACGGCCAUACACUACCAUAG